CGGGGCCGCGGCGUGGAGGUGCCACGGGACGGCGGCGACGGUGGCGGCGGGGUCCCCGCGUCGCUGUGAGCGCGGCCGGGGCGGGCGGCGGCUGCAGCGGGGCCCGAUGGCAGCCCCGUGGGCGCUGCUGGCCCUGGGCCUGGUGACCACCACUGGUGUCGCGGCCCUGGAAGUCUACACGCCCAAGGAAAUCUUUGUGGCCAACGGGACGCAGGGGAAGCUACCGUGCAAGUUCAAGUCCGUGAAUAUGACGGGCACCUUGACCUCGGUCACCUGGAGCUUCCAGCCGGAGGGGACAUUCUCCAGUGUGUCGUUUUUCCACUACUCUCAAGGACAAGUUUAUGUCGGGAACUACGCGCCCUUUAAGGACCGAAUCAGCUGGGCCGGAGACUUGGACAAGAAGGACGCGUCCAUCAGCAUCGAGAACAUACAGUUCAUGCAUAACGGUACCUACAUCUGCGACGUCAAGAACCCCCCCGACAUAGUGGCACAGCCCGGACACAUCCGGCUACAUGUGGUGGAGAAAGAGAACCUGCCCGUGUUCCCCGUCUGGGUGGUGGUGGGCAUCGUGUCGGCCGUGGUGCUGGGCCUCACGCUGCUCGCCGCCCUCGUGCUGCUGGUACUGCAUCGGAAGGGAAGUUUCAAGCGCGACUACACCGGCUGCAGCACCUCUGAGGGUCUCUCGCCAGUUAAACAGGCCCCGAGGAAGUCCCCCUCGGACACGGAGGGGCUGGUAAAGAGCCUGCCCGCCGCAUCCCACCAGGGCCCAGUCAUUUACGCGCAGCUAGAACACUCGGGUGGUCACUGCAGCGACAAGAUCAACAAGUCCGAGUCGGUGGUGUACGCAGAUAUCCGGAAAAACUGAGGGGGUGCCCUGGACCCCGACACCCCAAGACGCAGAUCCUGACCGGGCUGGCACGGGGGCCCGGGGCCCGGUGGGGUGCCCUGAGCAGGCCCUGAUCGCACCCUCUAGGAACAGCACCAUGUGCCCCAGCCUGGGGCCCCUUGCAAAGUGUCGGGGGUCCCCUCCACCCACCCGGCCCCAUGGCCCCGGAAACCCCCUCCUGGGCUGGGGGUUCUGUCCCAGGAAGCCCCUGCACCGCGUGGGAGCCCCCCUGCUGGGAAAUCAUUUUUUUUUUAUUAUCGUGGUUUUAAAAAUGCCCCCUCUCACCACCCCCUCCCCCCAACUCCCUGGAGUGGCUAAGGGGUAGAUGGGGGGUUCCCACCCCAACCCCUCCUCUCAAAGCCCAGGAAUUGGGGGUUUUUAUUGCAAAUGGCAAACUUGGUGCUAAUUAUUAAAUCUGUCGUACGCAGCG